AUGAGUAAAGUUAAUAUCCAGAGUUUACGGAAUAAACUCAAUAGACUAGGAAAUUCUGACACUGGAACAUUGGAAAUAAAAGAUCCAAAAGAAUGGAUUGAAUUGAUUCAAAGUCGAGGUAACAAGCCUAAAGACUGGUUGGAUUUUAUGCGGUAUAUGACAACAAAGGCACAUUCUUCCGACGAGUUCAAGCAUCAUAAUUACUUGUCAGAUUUGUAUGAGACAGCAUUUGAUAAAAUUCCAAGGGAUGAAAAUAAGGGAAACAUUUUCUAUGGUGCUCUCUUUGUGGAGUUUGCACAGAUGAAAAGUAAGUUCCAGCCAGAUGAAGCUGACGACCUUUUCAAUUGUGCCAGGAGAGUUGUGCGGAAGUUAGCCAUCGUACACAUAGCUCAUGCCGAGUAUGAGUUAUCUAAAGGAAAUGUCAGUAAAAGUCGUAAGAUUCUGGAGAAGGCUCGGCAGUUUGAGGCAGAACCUGAUCAUCUUUUGACUGAGGCUUUCCAGAGACUGGAUGCUGGCCAGACAAACUUGCAGACCUCCAGUAUCUUGGCUGAGUGUGCUACAGUUUCUGGAAAUAAGAGCAGCACCAGUAGCACAGAGUCAACAGGGGACCUCCGUAACCUGACAGGUAAUCUGACCAGCAGUAGCCUCACAGGCGGACUGACAAACUCCAACCUCACAGGGGGCGUGUUCAGACCCAGUCAUGUGGGGGGUAAGGCAGACCCUUCCCAGUCCACACCUGCCAUCUCCAGGACAAACACAGAGACACCUCUCUGCCACCCUCACAACUUCAAGAAGCCUGAAUCUAUUCCAAUGGAUCAUGACAUGGAGAUGGAUACAGCCCCUAUCAGCCAUAGACUGACCUCCCACCCCAACCCCUCCAAAUUGUCCAUGUCAGCAAAACCUGUCAUGCGGAAGGCACACAGCACCCCAGAAUUACGAGGGGCUUCCUCCUCUAAAGCCAUGUUGAAGCCAAAGACCUGUUUGCUGCCCCAGAGGGUGAAGAAGCUCAAUCUACCGUUCAGUGAGUUGUCAGAGAAAGAGGAGGAUGAGGACGGGGAGAACGGGUUUCCGAGCUUUACCCCACUCGAUGGACAAUCCUUCACUGGUUUGAUGGGGUCCCAGGCCCACACUUCUGGUUACAUGACUAUGACAAAUUCUUACACCACACCCCACAGAAAGGAUAUCUCCCCCCUCAAAGAGGUGCCACAUAGGGAGCCACUCAAACCAAUUCAAAAUGAGGCUAGACUUCAAGUGGAAGUGGAUCCUGUGAUGAUAACCUCCCAGGAAAAGGGGCCACUCCUAACUGUGCCCUCACCAAAACAUGUGUCACCACCUGUAAGAUCGCCAGUGACAGAGCCACCUAAAAAUGUGAACCCUCCAAAACAAAAGUCACCCACUGUGGAACCACCUAAAAAAAUUUCAGAAGUGAAACCAUCCCAGAAUGAAAAUGUUAAGAAUAAUCCAGUUGCAGAAGAAUCUGUCAAAAAGCCUUCACCAAAGGUGCCUACCAUGGAGACUAUGUAUGUAAAUGGGAAGCUGUAUCAAGUAUUACAGUGUGUGGGUCAUGGUGGCUCCAGCAAGGUGUACACAGUGAUUGACCACUCUGGACAGAAUCCACAAAUCCUUGCUCUGAAGGUUGUCCGACUUGAGGACCAGAACAAACAAAUUAUUGAGGGCUACAAAAAUGAAAUUCAGCUCCUAAAACGACUACAGUAUUGCCCAAAAGUUAUCACUCUGCAUGACUUUGAAUAUAAAGAGUCUGAGAAUCUCCUCUACAUCUUAAUGGAGUGUGGGGAAUUGGACUUUGAUAAAUAUCUGAAAGACACCAUCAAACAGGAGGGGCACCUGUCCCCUCUAUAUAUCAAGUUCUACUGGCACUCCAUGCUGCAGGCAGUAGGAGCUCUUCAUAAAGAAGGAAUUAUUCACUCGGACCUUAAACCAUCUAAUUUUCUCCUUCGCCAUGGUAACUUGAAGCUGAUUGACUUUGGGAUAUCUAAAGCCAUCCAGCAAGACAAGACCAGUAUUAUCACAGAUACACAGGUGGGCACCCUGAACUAUAUGUCCCCCGAGAGCAUCAGAGAGCAUUGUGGGUACACAGACGAGGACUCUCAUAAGCCUGUCUUCAAGAUCAAUGUGAAGUCUGAUGUCUGGUCCCUGGGCUGUAUUCUAUACUGUAUGGUGUAUGGACACACCCCUUUCCAGAAAGUGGUCCGGCAGAUCGCUAAGCUUCACGCCAUCAUCAACCCUGAAUAUGAGAUCAAGUUUCCAGAGAUUCAAGACAAGAAGCUAAUGGACGUCAUGAAGAAAUGUCUAAACCGUGAUCCAAAAGAGAGACCAAGCAUAGAGGAACUAUUGAAGCACGAAUACCUUCACUCACUCUGAUGUGUGUUAACCCAUGUUUCUGUAUAAACAUGUAUGAUUAACUGAAGCACUCAGCAAGUGAGAUGCCCAGUCACAAGUCAUCAAGUCAUUUCUAAGUCGCAAGUGGUCAAGUCAUUUCUAAGUCACAAGUCAUGAAGUCAUUUUGAAGUUGUAUUCCUAUACAGAAGCUUUUGAGGUAAUUUCUCACCACUGUGUGGAGCUACGUUAGAAGGAUGUCGUUUAUAUCUGGAGGGUUUUCAUGUCCACAGUUAAAACUGGAGGGCCAUGGGGAGGGAUUCCUCUCAGUAUGUUGUUGUCUAUAUGAGUGUAUUGACCAUUUACAACCUGUGCUAUUCCACCUCAUACUUGUAUAAUCUUUGUGUUCACACUGAAGACUGUUAUUCAACAUGCUGCUUGUUAUUUUCUUGUGUAUUUUAUCAUUUAUUAACUGUUGUUGUCAUUGAGCUUACAUUGAGAAAUUCUAGCUGUGCCUAUUAUAUGUGUUGCUUUAUUUUGAGACAUUGAUGAGAAAUUCAUCUAAAACACAAAUUAUUAAAGAGAGACAAUGUAUUGAGAUCAUUUUCAACUAUUAGCAUUGAUAAUAUUAUAGAACAUGUCAUGGUGAUGAA